UGGAUGGAUUUUGCCUCUGAGAUCAGUGAACAAAGUACGUGUUAGAUUCAGGAGGCAUGACGGCCGCCAUUUGCAUUAAAUAAGGAACUACACAAAUUUAUUUUCAGGAGUUUUUAAAACUUUACAUGGAAUACUACCUGUGGUAUUUCACCACCUGUGGAAUUACAUGGAAUACCACCAAAUGGAUUGCACUUGAAUAAGAAGUUGUUUUUGGCAAAUUGAGACUUCAACAGAACCUGGCAACUCCAUCUUAAGGAAAAGGUGGAGCACGGUGGAGCCCAGAAGGUUUGGAGAAGGUCCAAUGGAUGUACUUGGUGAAAAUGAGGCCCUCCAGCAAUUUUUUGAUGGGCAAGAUGUUAGUGGCGUAUUGGAGAGUGCGGCAGUGGACACCAGCAUUCUUGAGCAAUAUCUGAGCAAUGACGUUGACCCCACUUUUAUGUUACCCGAAUCACCUCCAGAUUCAGGUUCAGAACCUUGUUCUCCUCCACAAAUACCAGAUGUACUCUUGGGUUCUGACCUGGAUUGGUCUAUUGCUGCUUCUUGCCGCCUCAAAGGAGGGCUACAGGAGCACUGUGGAGCUCCAGCACUUCCUCAAAACUAUCACGGUAGUGCAAUUAACCAUGUAAAGUACAGCUCUCCUGCAUUAGCUCAAGUUGUAUGUGACUCUCACAUACAAUACAUGAGCCUAGCUGAGGGCUAUGUUCAAGUCAGCACUCCACCUACAGCACCAGUGCACAAGGCUGCCCAGGACAGCCAACAUCCUCCCAUAGGUGCUGUAGGGGGCAACACAGAAGCCAGCACCUCCACUGCUUCUCCAUGCCUCUUGCCCCAUACUGCAUGCCUGAACCUAUACAUGGACCCCAAACCUGCCCUCAACACAGGGAAAAUCACGCCCGAAAGGAAGAGAAAGCGCUCAGACUCUUUUGAAGGGAACAUAGGCCAGUGCCAGUGGGUUGACUCAGUUUGGACCAAACCUUCAUUUCUAAGCCUUGAGGAUGGAACAUGUGAGAUGCCAAGUUACGAUAGUGAUGCCCAUGGGGCGAGUCCAGUGAUGGGGGCGUUCCAGCUACUGACAUGGGACCGGUACCAGCCCAACCAGUGGAGCACCCUCUACAACAGCAGUUAUCAAUCACUUCCACCCCCAGGUUACCAUGUGGACACCGAUAAAGGUUUCAUCUACUCAACAGUUGAUGAAGCCUUUGUGUGCCAGAAAAAGAACCACUUUCAAGUCACAGUCCACAUUGGGAUGGUUGGAGACCCUAAAUAUGUUGAGACGCCAGCAGGUCCUAUGCCUGUAGAAGGCUUCCAAGUGAAUGUCUUUGGAGUGAAGCUUGAAGCCCAGAACCACCAAAUCACCAUAGAGCAGUCACAGUCUGACCGCAGCAAAAAACCUUUCCUGCCAGUUCAUGUGAAUUUGCCAGGAAACAAAAUUACCAAGAUUACACUUGGUCGAUUACACUUCAGUGAGACCACUGCCAAUAACAUGAGGAAGAAAGGCAAGCCCAAUCCUGACCAGAGGUACUUUCUAAUGGUUGUGGGGCUUUACGUGACUGUCAAAGAAAAGAGUUACCUGCUGGUUGCAAACAUAUCUGAGAGAAUCAUUGUCAGGGCCUCCAAUCCGGGGCAGUUUGAGAAUGACAGUGAGGUGCUCUGGCAGAAAGGACAGACGUCAGACUCUGCGGUGUGUCAAGGAAGGGUUGGAAUCAACACAGACACCCCAGAUGAGGCACUUGUGGUUUGCGGGAAUGCCAAAAUAAUGGGCACAGUCAUGCACCCUUCAGACAGGAGAGCCAAAGAGAAUAUUCAAGAGGUGGACCCAACAGAACAGCUGAAAAGAAUAGCUCAGAUGAGGAUCGUGGAGUAUGACUACAAACCAGAGUUUGCAUCAAAAAUGGGAAUUGAGCAGGUGCACGAAACAGGCAUCAUUGCCCAGGAGGUGAGGGAGCUGCUUCCCACAGCAGUGAGAGAGGUAGGGGAUAUCACCUGCUCAGACGGACAGAAAAUCCAAAACUUCCUUAUGGUCGAUAAAGAGCAGAUCUUUAUGGAGAAUGUGGGGGCUGUGAAGCAGCUUUGCAAACUCACGGACAACUUGGAAACACGUAUUCAGGAGCUGGAGGUGUGGAACACUCGCCUGGCCAAGCUGAAGAACCUGGGGAGCAUGCGUGCCAAAAGUGCGAAAAGUGCCAAUGCUGAUAAAGGGAAAAGCACAAAAAGCAACAAAACUCAAACAUCAGUGCCCCCCAAAAAGCCAUCUACACUAAAGGUAGGCAAAGAGUAUGUAUGCGAGAAAUAUCAGUACUGCCUUCAGCACAGAAUAUUCCAAGCUAGUAUCAUUCUGCUUGUGACAACUAUGGCUUUUUGUGCCAUCUGCAUCACUGCACUGUACAUGCUUACAUUAAGUGAAGACUCAGAAGAAAAUUAUGGCUCCAGCACAAGUAACUCCAGUACGUUUCCUGUCCACACUACCACAGAGACAUUGACUACAGUGUUUUCCACAGCCACAGCUGGCCCUUGGCCUCCAGAUGUGGAUUUCUCCAGUGUGUUCUACUCCGAGGACAUUUACUGCUGCCACUUUGCAACUGUUAGCUAUCAUGUUUCAGUGAAGACGAGCCCAACUGUUGAUACAAGCUCUCUAAAUCCACCUUCAGAUGCCAGACACAGAACCCUAAAAGAUAACACAUGGGAAAUACAGCUCCGACAUUUCAGUGACUGGACAAACACAACCAUUCAGUCAAUCCUUAUCACACAAAAUCAGCAGGUUAUAGACAAGUAUUACAUAGACCAGGAUAACUCAGGGAAAGGGAACUACAGCUAUCUGAUCCCCAUGAGUAAACAUAUUCCCAUUAACAUGCCAGUCACCUUGCAGAUGAACACAACUGAGCUGUUGGUGGUCCACUUGUGUGGGUACGACCUGAGGGAGGAGUGUGCCAAAUUACUCGACUACAGCUACUCUGAAUUCUACACUGUUCCCAACACACAGGGAUAUGUACAUGAGUGGCCACUGCCAGUUUCUCGACAUUACCGGUCAUCUUACCACUUCCGUGCCUCAGUAGCAGGUCAGGCUGACUGUAAUACAGACCCUAACUAUGUGGAAAUACUGUUUACGGACUACCACUUUCAUUUCUACCGCCGCUGCCAGUGAUGUGGAAGGAUCUCAUGGUAUCUCUGACCUAGAGAAAAGCAGAAUGAACUGAUACCAACUACUAAGGCAGAAAAUAACAGCUUCUGAAAUUAAAUAUGAUGUACAAUGGUGUGUGUGUGGCUUACUGUGGCUUAAAAGACCUUUUUUCUUCCUGAUCUGAAAAAUGUUGUAUAGAGGUAAUCAUUUACAUUAAAAUAAAAAGUCUAUAUUCUAUCUUGGUUAUACCAAAUAUAUUGAUGUAGUUUUGAUACAGCUGUUUGUUGUGUUGCAUAUGUGUUGUUGGAUAUAUUCAAAUUUAAUACUUUUUUGUCAAUCAGCUUGAGAUCGGAGUAAAAACAUUGAUUUUAGUUAUUUUUUCCACAAACCUUUUUAUUUUUCAUAAACACUUGACUGCCAGAAAACAUAAUUUGACUCUAGACCUUUUUGAUAUUUUUCUGUAUUAAAUUGCAUACAUUUCAUACUGUUAACACUGUAUGAGCUCUUUUAUGCCCAAAGUGGUUUAAUCAGUUAUGUAAGCUGUUUCAUUAAUUAAAAAAUAAAGAAGAUACACAAUAA